AUGCUUAAAGAUGAACCAAUAGCGUCAACAUCAUUAUCAUCAACAGCAACAACAUCUGUAGAUAAUGACACCAGUUACAAAGAAUAUUUAAACGUCGAUUUGAGGAAAACACCAUACAAAUGUUUACCAGAAGAUUUUGUCGAUAGCAAAUCAAAAACGAUCAAAGGCAAAUUUUUAGUACAAAUAGAAGAUGUUGAAAAUGCUGAUUUGAAUGAUCAAGAGAAUAACAGUGAAUCAAAUACAGAAGCAAAUGGUGAAUCUUUGUCAUCGUCGCCUGGUGGGAUUGAGAGUAGUUUAAAAUUGACCAUUACCGAUGGUUUUACCACGUGUAGUGCAGUUACAACAGGACAAAUAGCUGGUUUAACCACUGACACCGCUCUCGGUUCAAAACUAACGCUUUUUGGUGUUAUACCAAUAAAAUCCAGUGCUUUACAAUUAUCGAGCCAAAAUUGUCGUUGGAUUAGUGGUAGCAGUACACAUCCAAGGCCCAAAUCAUAUUAUCGAGAAGGUGGUUCGAGAAGUGGCAGUGACGGUUAUAAAAUGUUCAAUGCAAGACGCAAUGGACGAUAUCAAGAUGAAGAUGAAUAUAGUUAUACGAAAAGGCCAUUACCUUUAAGUUUAUUUAGUUUUAUUGGGCCUAAAUUUAAAGGUUUGGAUAUGAAUGAUUCGUCGAAUAGUAAGGAAUAUUCUUCAACCUCCCAACGUGAUACGUAUUCUAAACAUGAUGAUUAUUCUAAUACGAAACCAUCGUCUUAUUCCAAUAAGGAACAUGGCAACUACCAUCGCGGUAAUAUUCGAUAUCCUUCUCCAUCUUCAUCGUCUCAACAGAAUAAUAACACAUCACCCACAACACGCAAAACAACGGGAUCUAUAACAGAUUCAUCAACGAACGAAAAUAAACAGCAAAAUUUCCGUGAAAGAUCGUAUAGAAAUAAUUAUGAAUCAACAUCUAAUUACCCACGUACGCAACAGCAAAAUAACCAAACAGAUGGGCGUGAUUCUCAGCAACAACAGCAGGUUUAUCGUGAAAGAAGAAAUCCAUUACCACCACGAUUACAACGAGCGCAAGAAGAACGAACACGUAGAAACACAAAUCGUUAUUACGAAGAUCCCUCGUAUGUUACUGGUGGAGAAGAUGCGUUGUCACCAUAUAAUAAUGGUGACACUAAUGGCCACCGUAAUGACGUCAAUUCACGUCGAUCCUAUCGUAAUCAAAUCGGCUCAUCGAAUCAAUCGUCAUAUCCUCAUAAUGCUAUGAUUAGUGGGGGAAUGGGCGAAACCUUACAUGCUGCAACUCCAUUAGCAAAUAAUUAUUACUUUACAAAUCAGGUAAUGAGUGCAUAUUCACUCGCUGCACCACAAACAAGUAUUUACCAACAAAUGCCGUAUAAUUGUACAUCGAACGAUCAAUACACAUACUGCUAUGGUUAUCCAAAAGAAGCUAUUUAUACAACUGCUCUUCCGUCUACAUGGACGCCUGAUAUGCUCUCCGCAGCUUCUGUUUCUUCAAAUGAUCCAAAUAAUAGUGCUUAUUACAAUGUUCAAACGCAAUCGAAUGGUAGCCCCAUAAAUGGAGAUACAAGUACAACCAAUACUAAUGGUACGAAAACAAAUGGUAAUAAUGAUAAUGCUGAUAUAGAGCAACCACCGUCAUCACCUGUUGAGGACAGACAAUCGCAGCAGCCACAACAACAGCAAUGUGAUAAUCAAGUUCAAGAUACAACUUCAAACCAACAAGAUUUCAAAACAAAUAAUAAUGAAAAGCGACGAGAUUCGAAUUCGAACUCUCGAACAUGGCAAAUCGGUGAUUUCUGUAUGGCCCGUUGGAAAGACGAUGGACAAUUUUAUUGUGCAAAUAUUGUUGGAAUACAACAGAAUUCCUGCAUAGUAUUAUUCAAAGAUUAUAACAAUUAUGAACAAGUAUUAUUUAGUGAACUUAAACCAGUUCCGAGAGAUCAAUUACAACAUUUAAUCGCAAAUCAAAUGACGACAUCUCACUUAGAUGGAAUGAACCGACUCCUCCCAACGGCUUCCCUUUUUCGUCGACCAGGUUAUUCAAAUGAUGGAAUAAUAAAUUAUAAUUCAUCGUUGUCUGACACAGUUAUUAUGCCGGAAGCUCCACCAUUUCCAUUUCAUUCCAAUGGCAAUUUGUUUGUCUGUGCUCCAUUACGAACAGUACGCUAUUCUAAUAACGGAAAUUAUAAUAAACUAUCCAAAUCAAAACAGAAUAAUUCUGUACAACAACAAUCAGAAAAACAAGAAGAUGAGAAUAUAAAUGGUGCUAAUAUUGAACAAUCGUCGUUAACAAACGACGAUGAACAAAGUGAUAAUCUUCAGCUACAACAGUCAAAACAAGAUGAAAAUAUUACCUCAGACGACUCUAAUAAAGAAAGCAAAUAUAAUGAUAGUAAAGAAAAAGAUAUUGAGUCAGAGAUUGGAAAUAUGACAACAACAAGCGAACAAACAAAUUCGAAACGAACGAGCAGUAUGAGUAGUAGUUCUAGUCAUGGUAGAAGUACAAGUACGGCAAGUGUUAUUGACCAUAAUGAUGAAAUAUCAGCUUCAAUUGCCGCUAAUAAAGAUGAAAACCAGCAACAGAAGUCUACCGGAGAAGAACAUAGUGAUAAUCAACAAGAAGAAAAUGUUUGUGAAUUUCAAACUUUACCAUCUACGGAUCAUAUAACUCCUUCUGAAUCAAUUGUCAACAAGGUCGAAGAGUCCACAUCUGAAACGAACACUAAUAGCAAUGAAGCCAAUCCCGAUGAAACGAAAAUAAAAGACGAAUAA